CUCACAAUGACAGCUACAGAAACCAUAUAUUGUGCCGCAUCUGAUUGUGGUAAAGAAACAACUUCCGUGUUGAAAUGUCCAGUGUGUUUAAAACAAGGGAUCACAAGUGUGUUCUGUAACCAAUCAUGUUUUAAAAGAAAUUGGCCAAUUCACAAAGCUAUCCAUCAAAAACCUGGUGUUGAUUCUUAUGACCCAUUCCCUGAGUUCAACUACACUGGUAAAGUGAGAGCUCGUUAUCCAUUAACUCCAAAAAGAGAAAUCCCUGAACAUAUCCCAAGACCUGAUUAUGCUGGCAAUGGUCAACCUAUAAGUGAACAUAUUAGUGAUCGUUCUGGUAAAAUCCCAAUCUAUACUGAAGAGGAACUCAAAGGUAUUAAACUAGCUGCUAAAUAUGGUAGAGAAGUUUUAGAUAUUGCAGCUGCAGCUGUGAAACCAGGUAUCACUACUGAUGAAAUAGAUGAAAUUGUUCAUAAAGCUACUAUUGAAAGAAAUUCAUAUCCAUCUCCAUUAAAUUAUUAUAACUUCACAAAAUCUUUAUGUACUUCUGUCAAUGAGAUUAUUUGUCAUGGUAUCCCAGAUAAAAGACCAUUAGAAGAAGGUGAUAUCGUCAACUUGGAUAUUUCAUUAUAUCAUGGUGGUUACCAUGCUGAUUUAAAUGAAACUUAUUAUGUUGGUACUCCAUCAAAAGAAGCUAUUAACGUUGUGGAAACCGCUAGAGAAUGUUUAGACCUUGCUAUUGCACACUGUAAGCCAGGUGUCGCAUUCAGAUCAGUUGGUGAUAUCAUUGAAAAACAUGCAAAACAACAUGGUUGUUCAGUUGUUCGUACUUUUGUUGGUCACGGUAUUGGUAAAUUAUUCCAUGGUCCUCCUCAAGUUGCUCAUUAUGCUAGAAAUAAAUCCCCAGGUAUAAUGAAACCAGGUAUGGUUUUCACUAUUGAACCUAUGAUUAAUGCUGGUGGAUUUAGAGAUAUCUCAUGGCCUGAUGAUUGGACUGCAGCUACUGCUGAUGGUUCAUUAAGUGCACAAUUUGAACAUGAAUUAUUGAUUACUGAAACUGGUGUUGAAGUGCUAAGUGCCAGAAAGGAAACUUCCCCAGGUGGUGCAGUCAAGAGAAUAUGAUGAGCUGUUAAAUUAUCUCUAAAUAAUCAUUAGAUAACUAAAUAAUUGUACAAAUGUG